AUGUAUAAAGUCAUAUGUUUAGCAGCUGUGUUGGCUGUAGCCACCGCCAAGCCUAGCGUGUAUGGUGAGGCUGUUGUUCCUUUGGCAGUUCAACCCGAACCAGUGCAUGUGCCGGUUGCCCCUUUACCAAUAAUUGAGAAAACUAUUGUCCAGCCAGCUCCAAUAGUAGAAAAGACAAUCGUGCAACCGCCCCCAACUGUGGAACAAACUGAAAUCAAACCAGAAACAAUUGCCCACACUUACAGAAAGGAUGUCAUUGGAAAACCAAUAGUGUCUAUCCACACCCCAGAAGUCAGAGCACCCGUAGUUGCUUCAGUUGUUGAAAAAUCUAUUGUUCAACCAGCCCCAGUUGUUCAGAGAACACUGGUCCAACCAGCCCCAAUUGUUCAGACACCACUGAUUCAACCAGCCCCAAUUGUUCAGAGAACAUUGGUCCAACCAGCUCUUACUCAUGCUUAUUCCGAAUAUUUACCUCAUAAUCACUAUAAUCCACUUCCUUUGGACGCAUUUAGACUUGCUCCAAAUUAUAGGGGCAAUUAUUAUUGGUGAUAGGCAAAUAAUUAAAAAAGUCUUAUUGCUUAUUUGUUUGUUUUAAAAAAUAAAUGAUUAUUUU